AUGGUAGCGAGCAUUGGCGAGUUCACCCGACACAUUGGUCAGGGCGACUGGUAUCUUGCUGCAAACCUCUUAGAGUUGGCCCAGCAGCAAACGACAAGAUGCGACGUGCGGGCAUACAACACUGCGCUGAGUGUCUGCAAGGCAUCUCGCAAGGGAUGGUUGGCUGCUGCUCAGUUUCUUGAGGGGCUCAACAAAAAGGAGCUCCGACCUACGGUUGUGAGCUAUGGUGCGUGUAUGAGAACCUGCGAGAGAUCAACCCAAUGGCAGCGGGUCUUUUGUCUGCUGCAGGAGACAGGAUUGCACCAAAUCGAAAUCAGCAACGUUCUGGUCAGCACAGCUAUUAACUCAUGCGAGGCCUGGCAAUGGAAGGAGGUACUGCAACUUCUUGGAAAACCCAAAGUGGAACCAGAUCUUAUCUCCUACAGUGCAGCCAUCAGUGCAUGUGGGAAGGCCAAGCAAUGGAUGCUUGCGCUUUGCUUGUUGCGAGAGAGUCAAAACUUGGCUCUGGAAGUGAACAUCGUCACUUACAAUGCGGCCAUCACCGCAUGUGACGACAGCUGGCAGAGAGCCUUGCAGCUCUUCACUGAGUGCAGAUCCACAAUGAGACGGAGCAUUGUGAGCUACAACGCGGUCAUGGCUGCUUGUGAAACUGCGCACUGCUGGGCCUGGUGCUUGGCAUUCUUGGAUGCCCUGGCAACACCUGACGUAGUGAGCUUCAGCACUGCGAUCAGUGCAUGUGGCAAGGCCGGCGAAUGGAGGAGGGCCUUAGAAGUGUUGUCUGCUGGCUACGCGACGUCUUCUGCAAAUGCAGUGGCGUUGAAUGCCAGCAUCAGCGCAUGUGAGAAAACCUCGGAGUGGCAACAGGCUUCCCUGCUGUUGCGACGAAGUCAGCUGGCACGUUUGGUUGAUAGUAUCAGCUUCAGUGCAUCCAUCAGUGCUUGUCACAAGUCGGGGCAAUGGCAAGAGGCGCUGCAAACAUUUCGAACGUCGAUGGAUGGUGGAUUCUGGAACCUCAUGAGUCUCAACGCGGCCAUCAGCGCCGUGGGCAGUACUUCCUGGCGACUUGCCACUGAGCUCACCUGCUCUGCACAGGCCAACGUUGUGACACUCACUGCGCUGGUGUCCGCAUCAGACCUCGCUUGGCGCAAGGGGCUCUGGUUGCUAGGGAAUCAUCGAGUGUCUCCAAGCUCAAGCUGGCGCAUCUGGCGCGCAGCCCGAACGGCUGUGGCCAGGGCUUGUGGCGAGGUGUGGGUGCGAGCUGUUCACUUGCUGGACCAAGAGGAUGUGGUGUCCUGCAGCCUCCAGGUGGAUGUCUGCGAAUUUGAGAAUGACGCCAAGACUGCCCGGAUCCUCCUUGCCCGGAUGGAAGCCAUGAUGGACACGUUGCCAUGGCCCAACCAGCCCAUACAGCUUUGA